AUGGGCAGCGCCCACCCUCGCCCCUGGCUGCGGCUUCUACCCUGGCCCCAGCCGCGGCCUGAGCUCUGGGCGCUGCUGUUCCUCCUACUGCUGCUGGCUGCCGCUGUGCCCAGGUCAGCACCCAACGACAUCCUGGGCCUCCGCCUACCCCCAGAGCCUGUGCUCAACGCCAACACCGUGUGCCUGACGUUGCCCGGCCUGAGCCGGCGGCAGAUGGAAGUGUGUGUGCGUCACCCUGACGUGGCCGCCUCAGCCAUCCAGGGCAUCCAGAUCGCCAUCCACGAGUGCCAACAUCAGUUCCGGGACCAGCGCUGGAACUGCUCUAGCCUCGAGACUCGCAACAAAAUCCCCUACGAGAGUCCCAUCUUCAGCAGAGGUUUCCGAGAGAGUGCUUUCGCCUACGCCAUUGCGGCUGCAGGAGUGGUGCACGCUGUGUCCAACGCGUGCGCUCUGGGCAAGCUGAGGGCCUGCGGUUGCGAUGCGGCGCGGCGAGGGGAUGAAGAGGCCUUCCGUCGGAAGCUGCACCGCCUGCAGCUGGAUGCGCUGCAGCGCGGUAAGGGCCUGAGCCACGGGGUCCCAGAACACCCUGCCCUGCCUCCCGCCAGCCCAGGCCUGCAGGACUCUUGGGAGUGGGGCGGCUGCAGCCCAGACGUGGGCUUCGGAGAACGCUUCUCUAAGGACUUUCUAGAUUCCCGGGAGCCUCACAGAGACAUCCACGCGCGCAUGAGACUCCACAACAACCGAGUGGGCAGGCAGGCGGUGAUGGAGAACAUGCGGCGAAAGUGCAAGUGCCACGGCACGUCGGGCAGCUGCCAGCUCAAAACGUGCUGGCAGGUGACGCCCGAGUUCCGCGCGGUGGGGGCGCUGCUGCGCCACCGCUUCCAGCGCGCCACGCUCAUCCGGCCGCACAACCGCAACGGCGGCCAGCUGGAGUCCGGCCCCGGCGGGGCACCGUCCCCAGCUCCGGGCACCCUCGGACCUCGCCGCCGGGCCAGUCCGGCCGAUCUGGUGUACUUCGAGAAAUCGCCCGACUUCUGCGAGCGCGAGCCGCGCCUGGACUCGGCGGGCACCGUGGGCCGCCUGUGCAACACGAGCAGCGCGGGCCCGGGCGGCUGCGGCAGCAUGUGCUGCGGCCGCGGCCACAACAUCCUGCGCCAGACGCGCAGCGAGCGCUGCCACUGUCGCUUCCACUGGUGCUGCUUCGUGGUCUGCGAGGAGUGCCGCAUCACCGAGUGGGUCAGCGUCUGCAAGUGA